CCCGGCGCAUGCGCACUCGGUGUAAACAGGAAGAACUAACUGAAAAACCAGGGCAAAGCUAGCAUAAAGAGAAGGAAAUUAUCGGACUACAACAAGCGAACGUCUUGUUUCCCCCGAUAUAUUAACCAACGUUGACGUCCAACACUACUUGAUAAUAAUUUCGAUUGUAUUUUAGAGUCCGUCGCUAACCCUUCGAUAGUCUUUGAUAGACUCAUUUAUGCUGUAACGUUUGUCUAGCUAACGGUAGACAGGCGGUGACGAUUUAUUUCCUCCAGGGUUGGCAGGGCGAUUGUUUCUGGUAGACAACACAUACAGAAAUCGCGCAGUGCACCCUUGAAUUUUUUUCUUUUUUGAGAUUUGGUGACUUCGCGCCGAGGGUAAUACCCUAACAAUGGUUCAAAAAGACAAGGCGCUGGAGACUGCUCGAGCGGCCGGCGAACCGAGCCCCGGCCCGGUCUCCGGGGAGGCAUUCGAGCAGGCCCCCGGCCUAGUGGAGGAGUCCGGAAUUGGAGUCGAACCGACGGAUCACAGAAAAUUCAUCUGCGGAGUUGUGGAAGGAUUUUAUGGUCGACCAUGGACAAUGGAACAGAGGAAAGAGUUGUUCAGAAGACAGCAGAAAUGGGGCCUGAGUACAUACCUUUAUGCGCCUAAAGAUGACUACAAACACAGAAUGUUCUGGAGAGAGCUGUACUCGGUGGAAGAAGCAGAUCAACUCAUGACUUUAAUCAGUGCGGCUAAGGAGUAUGAGAUAGAGUUCAUCUAUGCCAUUUCCCCUGGACUGGACAUCACCUUCUCCAACCAGAAAGAGGUUUCUGCUCUCAAGAGAAAACUGGACCAGGUCUCUCACUUUGGCUGCAAGUCAUUUGCCUUACUUUUUGACGAUAUUGACCACAACAUGUGCCCCGCUGACAAAGAGGUGUUUAGUUCAUUUGCACACGCUCAGGUUUCUAUUACCAAUGAAAUCUACCAGUACCUGGGAGAGCCUGAAACAUUUCUUUUCUGUCCCACAGAGUAUUGUGGAACAUUUUGCUUCCCAAAUGUCGCUCAGUCCCCCUACCUCCACACAGUUGGAGAGAAGCUUCUGCCUAGCAUCGAAGUGCUUUGGACCGGCCCCAAGGUGGUGUCCAAGGACAUCUCAGUCGAGUCAAUCGAGGAGGUGUCAAAAAUUAUAGGAAGGGCCCCUGUGAUCUGGGACAACUUUCACGCCAAUGAUUAUGACCCGAAGAGGCUGUUCUUGGGUCCGUACAAGGGCCGCUCCACAGAGCUCAUCCCCAGGCUGAAGGGAGUCCUCACUAACCCCAACUGCGAGUUUGAGUCCAACUUUGUAGCGAUCCACACUCUGGCCACCUGGUACAAGUCUAAUAUGAAUGGUGUACGCAAGGAUGUGGUCAUGACGGACGGAGAGGACAGCACAGUUUCCAUCCAGAUAAAGUUAGAGAAUGAAGGCAGUGAUGAAGAGCUGGAGACUGACAUGCACUACAGCCCACACCUCGCUCUAAAACUGGCUCUCACCGAAUGGCUCGAGGAUUUUGUCGAGCCUCAUCAAUACAACAGCCGACAGGUGCCUCAGAGUGAUGCCGAAGGCGCGGCCAUCAACGCGUUGUCCAUGGCUCCUCCCUCCCUCUGCCCUUCAACAACAGUCACAACUGUAUUCCAGCAGCCCAUCAUGUCUCCAGCCAUACCGCCCCUCUGCCUCGAUCCGCUUUCACACACUAUGGCAAAGGGACCCGAGGAGGUCGAGGUGGAGAAGAAGGACUCUGACGAGGAGCCCAUGGAGAUGGUGGUUGAGAAGCUGGAUGAGCCAGAUCCAGAAGCAGAAGCUGACCCAGAGCAGAAGCAGGUGGGUCCUGUUCUAGCGGACAAGAUGGCUGAGGGUCUGGGGCCCAUGGAUACAGACAAGGAGAGUCUGACAGAGUCAAAAUCCCCCGAGGAGUCUUUUCAGGAGGAUCCUGGGAGUGAUAUUGCCCCCAUGCAGACUGAUGACCAGCUCAAACAGGAUUUGUGUGUGCCUGCGCCCGACGAGAAGCCCCUGUUCAAAGCAGAACCCCUCACACUGGAGGACCUGACCCUGCUGGCAGAGCUCUUCUACCUGCCAUACGAACAUGGGCCCAAGGCCAUGCAGAUGUUAAAGGAGUUUGACUGGCUAAGAGCCAACAGCAGCGUUGUUAGUGUCAACUGCAAGAGAAAGGAAAAGGAAAAGGUAGCAGAAUGGCAAUCAAGGGCGGAGAAGUUUGAAGAGAUGUGCUGCUCUGUCAUCCAGAUGUUCACACGGCUGUCCAAUUCAGCCAACCGCACCAUCCUAUACGACCUCUACCCUUACAUCUGGGACAUCAAGAGCAUCAUUUCUAUGGUCAAGUCUUUUGUCCAGUGGCUAGGGUGUCGUAGUCAGUCCUCAGCACAAUUCCUUAGAGGAGACCAAGAACCCUGGGCCUUUAGGGGAGGUCUAGCAGGAGAGUUCCAGAGAUUGUUGCCAAUAGAAGGUGCAAACGAUCUUUUCUACCAACCUCCACCUUCAUUGCCAACCUCCAAAAUGUAUUCCAUAAGGCCCUACUAUCCCAAAGAUGUGACUGCGAUUUAUAAAAUCUGUAGAGAAAUGUACAGUGAAGGAAUGGAGGACGUGCCGGUCUCUGACGAGGACCCUGAUCUCAUAGGAGACAGGUUAGUGGGCGGCCUCCUCACGCUGAGCUCAGACUACGGCUUUGUGUUGGAGGACGACGAUGGGAUCUGCGGCUACGCGCUCGGCACAGUGGAUGUCCAACCCUUUGUCAAGAAAUGCAAGUUGAACUGGAUUCCCUUCAUGAAGGAGAAAUACAUCAAACCUGACUGUGAGAAGGACCUCACGGACGCCGAGAAAAUGAUGCUGAGUUUCCACGAGGAGGAGGAGGGUCUUCCAGACUCUUUCCUCUCCAACUUCCCCUCUCUCAUCAAGGUCGACAUUCAAGCCAAGGUCACUGACCCCAGUGUGGCCAAAAGCAUGAUGGGAUGUCUUCUAUCUUCUCUUAAGGCCAACGGCUCCCUAGGUGCCUUCUGUCAAGUUCGUCAGACGGAUAAGAGAAUGAUGGAUUUCUAUAGUAAACUGGGAUGCUUUGAAGUGGCCAAAAUGGAGGGCUUUCCCAAAGACGUCAUCAUUAUGGGACGCAGUCUAUGAAGAAACAUCCUGCUUCAAUAACAGACAGAGACCCACCAAGUCCUCGAGGUGGCUUGAACAUGUUUGCUCCCUUCAUGAGGAAAAACUUCCAUGAUGAUUUUAUACUACAUCACCAUCUGGGCUCAGCCCGGGAAACCUCUUUUUAGGAUUCGUGUACAGAAGCACAGCAGUCACACACCGAUUCCCUGCGCUGCCAUUAGAUGUUAUGGCACUGUUGGAUUCCGCAGAUCCGAAGCUAAAAGGCCGACAAGUGAUCCGUAUUCCGUCAACUUUUAGCCAACGUGUAAGAGUGGCACUCCGGCAAUGAUUGUCCCACUACUCACGCACCUCCAGGAGGCAGGAAGGGUGAUUUGAUUCCAGUAGUCAUUACAUGUGACUCAGAAAUGGAGGCAGAGUUGGUAAAAGGAGGGUUGCCUGUAUCUAGUGUCUUACUUAUCCAUACAUCCUGCUUUCCCAGAUUUGACAGAGAGAAAAGAGGCAGCUGUUGAUGCAAGUAGCACACCUUUUUACACAGGUCAAAAAGUGUUAUGUGCGAGUUUGCCUUUUGUCACAUCAUGGAUUUGCAGGUUGAUCCACAACAGACCCUGGGGAAGAGGCCUUUUAAGCGGCUUGUUUUUCUCCAAAAUGGAUUUGUUAACUCAACAAGGAAAUCCUGACUUUUGGUUAGUUAUGCUAGACAUUUGAAAAGCAGUAGAAGUGCUUCCACAACGUUAAAAACAUCAGCCAGUUUCUGUGCUUUUGCCCUUGUCCAUUUUUUCUUUUUUAUAAUUCAGCAGUUUCGCACAUUUCCCCUUUUGAGCUAUUGCCUUCUGGUUCAUUGCCUUUGGAUUUUAAUUUAAAAGUGUAGACCCCAGUGUCUUUUAGUUUGAAGCAUUUCAAAGACAGAUUUUUCAGAUGAGGCUAGAGUAGUGUCACCAGAUCCCAAACUCCAUCACAGAAAUCCUACCAAAGCUAACUGGCAUGGCCAUCACUAUUGGAGAUUUUAGACCAUCUAGUUAAUGUCAAAUUAGUUUACAGUAAUUUACAAGUUUACAUAGUUACUGUGGACAAUAACAACUAUCUCAAACCGAAACGUUCUUACAGCAGGACCCGGUAAUGUAAAAUAAUCAAUUUCUAUCUGCCAGCUUGCAUCCCUCGCAGCAUUGUUUUAACAUGUCAUCCUCUCAAAUGAAUGUCCUCUCAGCUGAGCCUGGGUGAGUAAUCUCCUUACCCCGUCACCAAAGUGCUCUCACACCGAUGUGAGAGGCUUGGAGCAGAAAGUCCUCGACCUUUUCCUAUGUGUCCGUUGAAUGUUUUGUAUUCCGACGCAUUUCGCAUUUGUUUUUGUAAAUCUUAUGUAGUUGAUUUAAAAAUAAGCUUUUGGACUCUAGAUAGAUGGGUUCUGUUGGUUAUGUGAGCAUCAUCAAUAGCUGUCUGCCAAUGUGAUGUUUUGAUACUGUGUACAUUCAUAAUGUGCAUGAGGUGUAUUGGAUUCACUGUGACGGUCAUUAGAAUAAGCUCAUCUUACGCUACAUAGAGAAGAAAGACGCAUGCCACACACCUCUAUGAGCAUGAUAAAGUAGAUCGUAGACAGUCAGUCAUAAAGUGUUAUUAUUUUGUAUAUCCUUAUUGAAAUUGUGGCUAGCUUUCUGUUUUAAAUUGCUGGUCUGGUUGCAACGACCCGUCUUAUACAGAUAUCCAAUUUGCUCUGUUCCAGCAAGGUGUGAAACGGUCUUUAUGAAAAUAGGCUGGGGGGGGGGGAACUGCUCCAAUUGUACAUUUUGAUUAUUUGAGUUUGG